AUGUUGUAUGAGUUGCAUGAUGACAAAGACAAUCCAGGGGAGGCGCGGGCGGCCCCUUUUAGCGUGGAAGCGGUGCCGGACUGUGUGCGCAACAUGCAGUACAACGUUCGUGGUAAGGUGUUAGAUCGUGCCUACGAAAUAGAGAAGUCAAUCAAGGACUUCA